AUGGAAAUUGACAAAACUGCAAAGGAGACACUCACAGACCCGGUGCUCGAGUUUUUGGAGGCCGCCAUACAUGAAUUUCUAUUUUCAUGGCUUGUAUACCCUAAAGAGUCGUUUGAGCAGCGGGUGCUGUAUGACAUCCCAAUUCACAUGAGUCGACACCCUCUUUUGUGCGAAUACAUACACUCCAUGCUGAAUGGGUGCCGAACGUGGCUACUACAAGGAGAACUCGAAAAGUUGUGCGUAGUCCUUCUUUGUAAUGAAGGACGUGCGACGGAGACGCUCGUAAUCGAGCUCGUCUGGAUUGCAGCACUAGAAACGACAAAUUUUGGCAAAGACCAUCAGCGUGCGCUGGGGCAGCUUGAGGAAGCGUUUCGCAUGGGGAUGGCGGCGUUGGUCGCAGCUCCAGUAUCACAUGGUGCCAAAAUACCGGACAGGAAUAAUAUGCCGCAAACAUUUCGUAUCUUAGCGCAUACAGCGGAAGGCACUAGUAGCCGAGAGAAUUUUAUGAAUGACGCCACCGCAAGCAACUCGUGGGUACUGGCAGACCCAUUCUGGCACAAAAAUCAACAAGGGCAUAAGAAAAUUAUUCCAGUCAAAACUAUUCACGCGGAGGCGUCGCUAAUCCAGCUUAACGUAUACAUAGAGAAGCAAUGA